AUGAAUAACCCUUCAACUUCUUCUUCUUCUACUUCCAUAACCUCUCUUCCACAAGAGAUUCUUCUCAAAAUUCUCACUGGUCUUCCUGCAAAAUCCGCAGUGCGAUUCAGAUGCACCUCCAAAUUCUUCUAUUCCUUCAUACCUGAGCCAAGCUUCGCGUUCAAAAUCCUCGUCUCUCUCCCUUCCAAACCACCCUCUGAAUUAAAUUUAUACUCCGUGAGUUACCGUGAAGACAGCCAUGGAAACAACCUCCAAGCCGACACUGCCCAACGUUUGGAUGUACCAGGUUUAGUAAGUUCCGCAGAUGACAAGAUGUGUCUGCUCAGCCUCGAAUCGAGAGACGACGCCGUCUUCGACCUUAGUACCGGAAGGCGUAUUUGUCUGCCAAGGAUUGGCCGGCCGGGAGGCCGUUCGGCGUUGUCUAUCACCUCCUGUGUCUGGUCUAAUACGUCCUUGGGGUUUGACUUGGUUUCGGAAAGGUACAAGGUUUUCAAGUCCGCCAUGUACUAUGAUUAUGAUUUCAGGCGGAUGUUGAAUCAGUUGUGGAUUUUAACUGUGGGAGUGGAUAAGUCAUGGAGGGAGAUAGACUCUACCAUUCGGGGAUACAUUACCACGGCUGCUGUCCACAUUCAUGGGAUUAUGUAUUUGAUUCGUGAACCAAUUGCAGAACAUUUGACUGGAUUCUCUCUGCCGUUUAGACAUUUAUUUCAUUCCUUGAGUACUAAACCAAAGAUAGUUACAAUAGAUGUUGCGACGGAGCGUUUUAUCAAGUCCAUACCAUUCCCAUUCGAAUAUUACUCCCCGCAGCACCAUCAGGAGUGGCGGGCAUGGAUGAAGUUGAAUGGUCACUUAGCUUUCAUUAACAUUCUUAGCCCUCAAAGGGCAGAUGGAGUCCUCACACCCUGGCCCGAUAGUAUAGAUAUAUGGAGAUUGGAGAGGUCAAUGGAGUUUGAGAAGCAAACAGUGGUUCUGCCCUUGGAGGAGAGGGAGGUGAUUGGAGAAGCUACUUCCAUGAAGUUUACUGCGAAUAGUAUGGGAGAGAUUGUGUUCUUGAUUCAAAGUAAGAAGGUGAUGUCUCCUUUAGUUUUAGUUUAUUCAUUUGGAAGAGAUGUUUGGAGAAGGUUUGAGAUACAUGGAGUUUGUAAUUAUUCAUUUUCUUUCCUGGAUACAAGAAGUAUUGUGCAUGUGGAGGAUGAGAUUGCAACUUUUUUGGAAUGA